UGGCCUGCUGUUUUGUGCUUGUGAAUUUUAUUUAAAAUAAUAUAAUAUUAUUUGAAUGUUAAUAAUAAUGCAAAAAUGACUGUAUUACCAUAUAUUUUAUUCACAUUAUUAAUUUCAAUAUGCCAAUGUACAUUACCAGAUCAAGUUUAUUGUGUAAAUCCAGAAUGUAGUAAACCUAUGUCGAAAGCAAAAACACUCCUUGGCUAUAAUAGUGCUGAUCCAGAUUUUAUCCCAUUUCGGGCAAAUGCUGAAGCUUUUAUUUAUAUGAAAUCUGGUGGAAGUAUCCCUGAGACAUGGUAUGCUACUAUAGAGGGUAAAUCGGGAUUUGUUAAAUCAAAUUUUUUACGAGAAAAUAAAGUACUUGAGAAAAGCCAUUUGGUAGCUUUGCCUCUAGAUUUUACAAAGAAACACACAAUACACCCUGACAAAGUUAAGCAGCCUCAUGAAGUAUUUGAGGGCACAACAAUAUUUACAACAGAGCCAUCACUACGCCAACAACAAGAUACUCCCAGCCCUUCUGUCUUAACUAAUAAAAAUGAUGAUCUAAAUAUGCCAGAAAAGACACAAACUGAACUAAAUAGCAUUGAUGAUAAUCAAAAUAUUUCCAAAGAAAAUAAUCUAGAAACAGUUUUAAAUCAACAUACUAUAAGUGAAUCAACAACAGAGGCUGCCUUAUUUGAACAACCAAACAAUCAGGUAGAUCUAAACAAUGUUUUGCCAGAAUUAAAUAAUGGUGAUGAAAAUCCACCACAGGCAAUCAUCACACAAAAUCAGUUAACUGAACCAAGCAUUGACACAGACAAAUCUAUUACACAAAACGAGCAAAUUGCUGACCAAAAAGAUGAUUCAUUUUCUAAAUCUCAUAUGGAAGAAAUAAAUGAUAUGCAGAUGAAAACAGAAAAUAAUCCAGAAGCACUAGAACUUUCUUCUAGUGAUGAUGGAACAUUUGUUUCAAAGUCUAUUGAGGUGUCUAAUACAGAAGACUCAAAAAAUAACUACUUAACAUCUGAAAAUAGUAAAUUGGUGCCUCCAACAGAAAUGAAUAGUAUUACUAAAACUGCAGAACAGCCAAUAAAAAAUGAGAGUAUUCAAGAAAAUUCUAUUCCUACUCGAAAUCUACUUAUUGAUAUACCAGAAGUGCCUGAAUCAAGUAGUGAGACAAAUAUUAAAGACGAAGUAAACAAUAAUAUUCAAACUAAAAGUGUAAAUAUUGAAAAGGAUACUAAAAAAAUGCAGACUGAAACUAGUGCUACUUUACCAAAACAAGAAGGACCCACCAUACCAGUCACACCCAUAGAUGAUGAACAGAAAACAACAGAGGCCACAAGAGCUACAUUACAUAGUAUUGUAGGUUUAAGUACUGCAAGUGUUGCUUCAGAUCCUAAUUCAAAACCUGCACCUGUGGAUACAACUUCAUCUGUUUCACCAAGUAUGGCACAUACAUUUGAGACAACUACCAAAACUGUACCAGAGGAAUCUCUUAUUACAACUACAGAAACAGUGCCUGUAACUGGAACCUCUGAAACAUCUUUCACGCCGGAGACAAAUCCUGCAACUGAAUCCUUUGAAGCAUCUUCCAUCCCUGAAACAAAUCCUGUAACUGAAUCCUAUGAACCAUCUGCCAUCCCUGAUACUGUACCUGCAUCCUUUGAAACAUCUUCUAUUCCUGUACCUACAGCAGAUCCUUAUGAAGCCUCAACUGAGCAUUUAAUUGAAGAAAUAUUUAGUGAAGCCACUACGGAAACUCCAUCUUACCAAGAGGAAACAACAACACAGGGUUUAUUUUCAGAUAUUUACACAACUAUUGCAGAUAUGCUGCCACCUAGUACUGAAUCACCCCCAAAAGAGAUCUUUAAUCCUGACUAUGUUUAUAAUCCUGAUAGUGAAAGAACCCAAUCUGAAGAAUCAGAAAGUUUCUCCUUUAUUGGUUAUGUUAUGAAUUUAUACAACUCCAUUAUGGGUUUAAAAGAACCAUCGCAUGAUCUGUUCCCAUCAGCUGGUGAUACUUGUUUUACAGAUGAGUAUUGCGAUGGUGAAAGUAUGAAAAAACCUAAUCGUCUCCUAACAUUCCUUCUGACUACAGCUGGCUCAGUCUUACUGUUUAUACUGGGCUACUAUUAUAUUGAAAGCAGUAGACAAGAUGGAAGACUGAUUGGCAGUAUUAAUAAUCUUCAGAGGGAGUUGUUGUUUUCUACUAAGGAGUGUGAGAUCCUUAAAGAGGAGCUUGCAACUACUAAGAAUAAAUUAGCUGGCAUAGAAGACAAUUCAUUUGGUAUGGACGAUAUGGUAAAGUCAUUAAAAGACGAAAUCAAUGAAUUAAAGGAAAAUAACGAAAGAUUACGAAAUUCGUUGGAUGCUAAUGAAAAAUUGCUUAGGGUAUCGGAAAACACUGCAAGUGAACUGCAAAAUACGCUAAGCGAGGUAGAUAACACUCUGAGUGAGCUUUUAAACGAAAGAGCCCACUCUGAAGAACAAAUAGCUGAAUUAAAUAAUAAAAUUCAAGCAUUUGAAGAAGAAUUAAUAUCAGUGCGUAGGGAGAGAGAUAAUUUCCAAUUGAAAUAUGUAUCAGCUGAGACAGCAUUGGAAGAGUUUAAGAAACAGAAAGUGCAGCUACAAGAAGCCACUCAGAAGUUGGCAGAAGCAAAAAAUACAAUUGAAUUACAGAAACAUGAAAUUUUAGCACUGAAGGAUGCAUUAAAAGAAGUGAAAAAUAGUGGUUCUUCCUCAAACUUUGAUGUAACAUCUCUUAUAGAUCAUACUGAAAUAAAAGCAAAGUUAUCUAAAGCUUUAGAAGAGAAAAAUACUUUUAAGAGCAAAUAUGAGACAGAACAUAAAGAAAGAAGCCGUAUCGCAGAGGAACUGAAAAAUACUCAGCAAUCUUACCAAACAAGUAGCCAACAGGCAUCUGAAGCUCUCACGAGGCUGGAAGUUCUUGGAAGAUACUUUCAAGAACGGGAAGGUGAACUUAUGAAGGAACUCAGUACCAAAGAAGCGUUAUGGCUCAGCAAGCAAGGCGAAUCUACGAGCACUGUAGAAAAGAUUGAGUUAUUGCAACAAGAAGUGCAACGAUACAAGGAGAAAUGUGACACGUUAACGCUGGAACUAGCUGAGCAGGAAUCGGCCCGUCGCACCGCCAUUAGCGAGAUAGAAGCACGCGAGCAUACAGCAUGGCUUGAGGCGAGACAGGCCAAGCGGGACGCCGAGGCUUCUAAAGACGACGCCGCGGCGUUGCGGAGGAAGUUAGCUGCUAUGCAUCAGGCCGAUGGAGCCGCUUCGCCGCACAGACCGGUGGCGUCACCACUGGAAGCAGAGGUGGGUCUGCCGGCUCCGUUACCACCGCCGCUGGCGUUCCUGCCACCUCCACUCUUGCCGCCGUUACCGCGCCCACCGCCGCUCGGCCGGCUGCCUUCACCACACCCGCCGAGAUACAGCGAGAGACGCUACUCGCCGGACAGUCGGUAUUCACCGCAAAGCCGGUAUUCGCCGGAGAGUCGGUACUCGCCGGAAAGCCGGUACUCGCCGGAGAGUCGCUACUCGCCAGAGACAGUGCGCUACUCGCCUGACAGUCGCUACUCGCCGCGACAACGGCGUCCUCCAGCGUAUUCGCCUCGAGAUAGAAUGCGACCUUUAGACAGGCCUAAUGGACGCAGUUCGCGGCCUCGAAACGGUCCCGCAGAUACCGAAACUGAAUAUAAUUCCGACAGUCCCACUAGACGACCUCCCCGACGGCGAUACUCGAGAGAUUCAGGUCCCAGCUCGGGCUCUGGAUGCUCGUCCGAAUCGGAGAAGUGAAAUCUUUUAGUCAACAUUUAUUUUGCUAUAUUAUUAAUGGAGUAAUAUAUCCUGCUGAUGGUUGAAGUA